ACCCCCCUACCCAAAACAAAACACGGGCGUUGUACGCCCCUCCCUUCUCCCCUUCCUCCCUUUCGUCCCAUCUUCUUCUGCUUCUUCUUUAUUCGCCAUUUUCAAUCUCCAUCUUGCCGUUUAUUUCGUCUUCAUAAACAUAAACAGAAAAAAAAGCAAUGGCCGUGCGGACUGUUACGGCCACUAUCGCCGGCAUCAGCUACUUCAUCACGAUUCCAUUCCUCAUCCUCGUCCUCAUCGGCAAUACGCAUAUCAACCCCAUCCUCGACGACAUCUUCUUCUUCAAGCUCGACGUCUCCCACAUCAUCCCCAUUUCCGUCGAAAACUCAAACCUGCUCAACUCUGUGGCACGGAGUCUCGGCCUUCAUGACUUUUAUCAAGUCGGUGUGUGGAGUUACUGUGAGGGAUACAACGAUGAAGGCGUAACCUUCUGCUCUCCGCCAAAAUCCUUCUUUUGGUUCAAUCCCGUCGAAGUCCUCGUUGGCGAGCUCCUCGCCGGCGCCAAAAUCGCUCUGCCCUCCGAAGUCGUCACCAUCCUCACCCUCCUCCGCAUCGGAUCUCAGGUCAUGUACGCCUUCUUCAUGUCCGGCAUCGUCCUCAACUUCGUCCUCCUGCUCGCCACCCCUCUCGUCCUCAGAACUCGAUGGUUCAGCCUCUUCACCUCCCUCGUCGGCGGCGUAGCAGGCAUAGUCCUCACGGUCGCCGCUAUCAUUGCCACCGUCAUUAGUGUCGCUGCCAAGAUUGCUCUCACGGCGCAGGAUCAGCUCAACAUUCAAUGCGAUAUUGGUGCCAAGAUGUUUGCAUUCAUGUGGAUCGCCGCCUUGUCGACAGAUUUUGCAUUCCUGUUGCACGCAGCCAUGGGAUGUUGCUGCGCACCGGACAAGAGAAACAGCUCGAGAGUCGGAUCCCCCUCCGCAUCGACCAUGCAGGAGAAGCACGACUCGUACGCAUUGCCCAACUUUGUUCGUCGGAGAACUCGCAUGUCAUGAAGAUAAUCUAAAAGAUAUAAAGGGUGGAAAAGGCGUAACAACUUCUGAUUUAUUGCUUUGCUUUUUGUUUUAAUCAUAAAGAUU